AUGGCCCCCCUGGAUCAGACCCUGGCACUGCUGGCAAUGGCCAUGGCUACCACAGCUGUUGAUGUGAUCCCUCUGGACAUGGCCCCGGACUCCUUCGAUGAUCAGUACCAGGACUGUGGCACUAAAAUGAUUGUGGAAUUGCCGGCCCUCAACCACUCUGAGUUCCAGCAGAAUCCUCUCUUUGCCCAGGCCUGGCUUAAUGCCACAGCCGAGUGGCAAGGUCAGAAGUCCCCUGUGUCCUCUCUGUCAUCUCCAGCCCAGGCCAUCGCCCUCAUGGCCUACACGAUGGAUGAGCUGUACAGAGAGUUCAACGCAGCCGUGCGUACAGCCGGGCGCUCCAGCCAGGAAUACCUGGCCAACUUCCACUUCAAAACGCUGCAUUUCCUGCUGACCCAGGCCCUGGUGACGCUGAGGCAGGCUCAGAAUGGGCAGUGUCACAAUGUGUACCGGGGGGUGCGCAUGUACAGGUUCAAGGCAAAGCCUGGUGACAUUGUCCGGUUUGGUCAAUUCUCUUCGGCGUCAGAGAGUGAAAAAACUGCCAAGCGCUUUGGGAGUGCCACGGUGUUCCAGGUGUACACGUGCCAUGGCGCAGCAAUCUGGAAUUUCUCCAAGUAUCCUAACGAGAAGGAGGUGCUGAUCCCACCAUAUGAGACCUUCCAGGUCAUCAAAGUCAGCCAGGAAGGAGAAAAGGCAAGGAUCUGGCUCCGCUCCAAUGGGACAUUCAGCAACUACACCUGUGAGUGGGUGCAAGGUGGGACCCUCCUCAGCACCCCCUUCCACCUUGGAGGACUCCUCCUGGCCACCACAACCUUGGCAGUGGCUACAGGGAUCCUCUGA